GCCCCGCUGCUAACUCGCGCGAUAUUUCCGUAAAUGACGUGCCUCGGUGCGGUAGGCAGGAAGUAGGCCUCGGACAAAAUGGUUCGGUGUGCGUAAGGUUGUCGAAAAAGGUUUCGAUCGAAAAAAAAAGAAAGAAAAAAACAGUUGUUGGGAAGGAAAGGAAACGCAGAAGCUGCUCGAACCGGAACAGUACGCCAUGCUUUCGUGUUUGUGUCCGUGUGUGUGUGCGUCGUGAUGAGGAUGCCUUUACCUGUGCCCGUGCAUCCCUCUCGCAGUGUGUGCAAAGAAUAAUUUGCAACCCCAUUCAAAAGCGCGUUUCUAACACACAGCAGUGAGUAAGCCGUUCCGCGCAACACAUUCGCAGCAGGGUGGAGUAGAACGCGUGAGCAAACGGGCGGCACAGCCGUGUAUUGUACCGCACAGUUGGUGCCAGGCCAGGGCAGUUUCGAUUCAGUUUUUUGGACGAACGGAUGCGGCACACAACAGGCACGGGUUCAGUCAGGCCGCUUCAGUUUCAUCUCGUCCCUUUGCUCGGUCCCACCGAUUGAAGGCGAAACGCCGCGUACCAGUGUGCUCCAAAAUUGCGCAGGCAGACGAGCAAGCAAGCAAGCGAACCAGAGAGAGAGAGAGAGAGUGAGAGAGCGACGGCUCAAAAUUCGCGCAUUCUUCCGAAAACCAGCAACACUAGCAGCACGCCGUCGUUCACAAGCGCCGUGUUGUGAUACGUACCGCAGAGAUUCGUCGGGGUAGAAAGCAGCAAGUCCAGUGACCAGUGUAGGGCAGAAGAAUGAAGUGAUCCAAGUGAGCCGAGUGCGUGUCAAUCCAGUGCAGAACCGCCAGUGAAGUGAUUCAUAGUGGUGAAUAGAGCGCUUUUUCUCGAAAACUCAACCCCAAAACCGGGUGCCGGUUAAUAUUUUCUCGCCCACAAGUGAUAACCCCCCCCUGAUCGGUGACGGCAGCGGUGGUGGUGGUGGUGGUGAAGUAAUAUCUGCGCCUAUAAACACUGCCCGCUAAUCUGACCGUUAGGAAAAAGCCUAGGUCAAUAGCGAAUCUAGUGUGGAUGUGCGGCGGCAACGACGACGACGACGGUUAGUGUGGUUGGGCAGUUUUUUUACGCCGUUGGCUCGAUUUAAUCACGUUACGAUGGCCAGUGGCAUGUGUGCGUGUGUGCGAGAUCUUUAUUGGUGACGAUUCACAAACCCCCCCCCCCUCGCCCCAUACUUGUAACAUCAUCACACACUUAUACACACUCGAGCGGGUGAGAAGCUGCUAAUCAAUCGUGCACCGGCCUAUUGCGAUUCGUGUGUGUGUGUGUGUGUGUGUGUGUAUGCGUGUUGAUUAGGUGUUGUCGUCGCGUCGUGCGGCACUCGUCCGAGCAGCACUCGUUUGUGAUGCAUUCGGCAUGCACCGUCACACAAGCGCUUGAGCAGCAUCACGGCAGCGUGCAGAGCAGGUGAAUUGUGAAGGUUGUGUGUGGCAAACGGUGUAGUGCAGUUCAAAUUUGUGACCGCUAAGCCAACUAAUCAAAGAACCCAACACAGAACCCCUUAGCUGUGUAGUUAAAUUGUUAAAAAGUGAAUGUGUGAGUGUGUCUGUGUUCUGUCACCGGAACAAUUGAAGGAAGCAAAGCACAAGGACGCUAGGUGAAAUGUGGCACGUUACGGAAGCGUUACCGUGGUAGCGUUACAGUUUGGUAGCGUUUGCUUGUGUUGCCAGUGAUGCAAAACGGGCCCCAAACAGCAAUCAAAGUGAAGCAAAUGAAUGGGCACUCUGUGUUGGCACAGUGUUGGAGGUAAAACUAUCGUUUUCCAUCGUUGAAACAAUGUGCUGGCUGGCGGCCGUUUAAAUAGGGAGAAAAGGAGGUGGUGAAAGACCAGGCGCCAUCCAUUUACCUUAUACCAAAGUGAAGAAAGUAAAUACCGAAAACAUCACACACACCAAUUCGCCAUCACCAUCCAAGGAGCGCGUCGGACGCAUAAGAUUUAUGCAAAAUGGUGUAUUAUUCUGGCCUUCCGUUGCUUAUGACGCAACAACAGCAGCAGCAACAACAACACGGUCCAGACGGGACGAUACUACAGUUAAGCUACAACGAUGCAAACAGUACCGAACAGUACGUGGUGGCAGGGCAACCGUCUCGCCUCGGUGUCUCCCACCCUUAUCAGCAGCAGCAGCAGCAGCCCCAACAUCACACGAUCAGCCUCACGAACGGGCUUACGAUCAGCAAUGGACCGCAGAGCUGUAGCAGCAGCAGCAGCAGUAGUAGCGGCAGUAGUUCCAGCAAUGGCCAGCUGACGAUUGUGUUAAAUCCACCGGCGGCGGGUCAGCUCGUGAGCUUGGGCGGCUCCGCACUGUCCGGCACCUACACCGGUCCGAUCUCACCGGCGGGAGACAGGGGCGCUUCUUCCUCACCGGAACAGUCCACGUACCAUCCGGUGCAGAGUGGCGGUGGUAGCGCCAGUGCUACGCCAGUCGGUUCCAAAUUUCGCUGCGACCAGUGCAACAUUAGCUUCGGUAGCAAGAGCGCCCACACCAGCCAUAUGAAAUCUCAUGCCAAACAGCAGCAGGCGAGCGAAAAGCUCACCACCGCUGCCAAGCUGGGAGAAACCACCAUCACUGCGAGUGGGGGCAGUGGUGGUGGUGGUACCGGCUCGCCGGCCGGCCCACAGCCCGACCCGUACCAGUGCGACGUGUGCAAGAAGACGUUCGCGGUGCCGGCACGGUUGGUGCGGCACUACCGCACGCACACCGGCGAGCGACCGUUCGAGUGCGAGUUCUGCCAUAAGAUGUUCAGCGUGAAGGAGAAUCUGCAGGUGCACCGGCGGAUCCACACGAAGGAGCGCCCGUACAAGUGUGAGAUCUGUGGCCGAGCGUUCGAGCACAGCGGCAAGCUGCACCGGCACAUGCGCAUCCAUACGGGCGAGCGGCCCCACAAGUGCAACGUGUGCGGGAAAACGUUCAUCCAGUCCGGCCAGCUCGUCAUACACAUGCGAACACAUACCGGUGAGAAGCCAUACAAAUGCCCGGUGGAGGGUUGCGGCAAGGGUUUUACGUGCAGCAAGCAGCUGAAGGUGCACUCCCGGACGCACACGGGCGAAAAGCCAUACCAUUGUGAUAUCUGCUUCCGGGACUUCGGCUACAACCACGUGCUGAAGCUGCACCGCGUGCAGCACUACGGGGCCAAGUGCUACAAGUGCACGAUCUGCGACGAAACGUUCAAGAGCAAGAAGGAGAUGGAGGCCCACAUCAAGGGGCACGCGAACGAGCUGCCAGACGAUGAGGAGGCAGCGGCGGCGGCGGUGGCGGCAUCGGAGGCUGGAGGCGCCUGCAAGCUGGAGGACGUGUCCACCUCGGGCACGGAAGGUUCGAUCAAGUUGUCGUCGCCAGCGCUGGAGGGUGGUGGUAGCGGUAGCAAUAGCAACAGCAGUAGCUCCUUCGACUAUUCGUCCAGCAUGAGCCACACCGAGGGAACGGAGCAGAGCGGCGGUCCGUCAAGCGACGAACCUUCGGGUCACUUUGCGAUUAGGAAAUCGGGUUCGUCUUCUCCAUCCUUCGCUGUGGGAUCGAACGAAGCAGUUCAACAGGCGGGUGCUGACGAGGAGGAGGAAGAGGAGGAAGAGAACGAUGAAGAAGAAGACGAAACGACAGACGAUGGUGAUCGCAAACAAAUGCCACGCUAUGAGAGUAUGGCACCGUCGUCGUUCGAUCAAUCGUUACAGCGCGCCUAUGGUGGCGGUGUCGCACCGGCACUGCUUGCGGCGGCCUCCAUUGCGGCAGCGGUGGAGAAUGGCUGCACGGAGGUGAAGUACUGUCCGGAGCUGAAGCAGCAGCGCUCGAUCUCCCCUGUGCAACCGUCGGCCCUGUCGAUCACGCGCAACACUCCACCACCGUCCUCGGGUUCGUCGUCAUCCUCAUCGUCCUCUUCAACGUCCUCCGUUCUGUCGAUGGCACCGUCCAGGGGUACUUCCUCCACGCUGCACGAACAGACCGGGUCCAGUGCACCAUCCGAGCCCAGUGCGGGACAGUUUGUGUACGAGCCGAUGGCGAUCAUGAAGCACCACGGAUACUUUGCACCGGCAUCGCAGAUUACCGAGUUCCGCUCAUCCAGUGACAUUGUCCGGCAGGUGGAGGCGGCCAUUGCGGGCACGGAGAACCUUCUCACACCGCCCCGCUCCUCGCCGGAGUCGCCCGAUCGUUCCUCCUCGCCGGAAUCCGAUUCAGUAUUAAUGGCCGAUCGGGACAACAACACGCUGCCGCCGCGCAAGCGGAAGCUCUACUUCAAGGACAGCCAGCAUACGGUGUCCACCGGUCCAAAGAUGGCGUCGCUGGAAGUUACUGCACCCCAGCAUUAUGGUGUUACGGUAGUGCAGCAGCAGCCGACGCCGCAGCACCAUCAGCAACAACAACCUCCUCUCGAUGCUCAUUCCGGUCAUCAACAGCUGUUCCAUCCCCAUCAGCAGCAGCAGCAGGCACGGCAGCUGCACUAUCAGCAGCAGCAACGACCAGAGGAUGAACGCUCCAUGAAGCUGGAAGUCCUGCAGCACGUGUCCCCAUGCCAGCGGCAACCAUCGCCAACACUGCAAGCACCAGCACUACCACAACAACCGCAACAAACGUCAGCACCGUCCGUCAUACGGAUGAGCUCCGUCAUUCAGUACGCAAACAAGUCCUCGUAGUGCGGCACUCAUUGAGAUGGUUAGCAGUAGUAGUUCGAGUGGUAGUAGUAGUAGUAGUAGUAGUAGUAGUAGUAGUACUAUUUAUAUUGUAGUUUGUCGCAAAAUCGCCAACCGACCCGGAUCGGUGUGAGAGCCGUAGUUAUAGGUCAGCAACCAAUAACCUCACGCGAAUAGGCUAAGAAGAAACUGUGAAUUCACAUACACAACCUAUAUACACUUACACACACAUAUACAUCCAUAAAUCCAGUGUUUGAACUGCAAACUCAUCUUUAGUCGUACCGUACAUAUAUAUACAAACGUAUGUAAGGGGAUACUUUCGUUGUAUGGCCCCCGCUCGCCGCACCCAUCAAUGACAUGGGAAGGUGGCAGCAAGAAGAAGAAGAAAAAGAAAAAAAAGAAAACAUAACAAGACUGUCUCAGGUUUAGAAUGGGGUGGGAGGGAGGGAGGUGGGAAUGGGGAGGGUCCCAAAAAACCCUCCCAACUGGGGAAGGUUAAUUUAUAACAGCGGUUACAAAAUAAUGCAUCAUUUUAUGUGUAGUAAUUUCAUCAUUCACUGUAAUCACUAAUCACCAGGCAAUAACAGCACAGUAUCAGGAGUUGGUUGGGAGUUAUUUUUUAUUUUUAUCUAGAGGGCGGAGAGUAAGCGUAUCCAAUUGGAAAAAUGAAACCCAGUGAAGAUAGAUAGUCCCAUUGGAAAAAGACGGCAAGAACAGUGGGCAAAGGAAGUUUGAAGGAAUCGUUAAAGACUGUUGAUCAUUGUCAAAUGUGUGUGUGUGUGUGUGUGUGUGUGAGAGAGUUUUUGUUUUGGAAAGGAAAUUAGCGAGCGAUCUUGUAGUUUUUUGGUUGUUGUAAAGACUGGGCGUGUAAUAACGCUGUGUGUUGGUGUGUGUAAUAAGCGAAAGACUAACGAUGCGAAUCAUCAGCCUGACUAAAAGAAAAAAAAAGAAAAUAGAACAACAACCCAACAACGCCGUUCUUGUGCGGUUUAGAUAAAUAUACUACCACCACCACCACCACCAUCAGCAGCAUCAUCAGCAUACACAAUUAUACAAUUCCUUCUCCCUACAAGUGUAAGCACAUCCUUCCUACGCUAUGGUAAAUGUUACGCGUAUAUGUAUAUUCCGCUUCGAAAACGGUGGCCAUUUCUGAGACGAAAGACGAAAAGACUAGCCAGCAGAGAGAGAGGGAGAGAGAGAGAGAGCGAAGGAGAGAGGUAGUAAUAGUAAGGUGCAGCGCUUAGUUACGAACGGUUCGAGUGCGUGUGCGUGUUUGUAUGUACGAGUUACGAGUGUGUUUGGGAUGGGAUUGAGUGAAGUGCGCGCGCGUACUGAGGGGGGUAGCAUACACUAGGAUAGGAAUUAAUGAAAGUAAAACCCGUAAACAGAAUAGACUGGAUGAUUUCCCAAAUUUGAAGCAACCGUUAAAUCUUUUAGAACUCGUAAGAAGGGGCAAAGAGUAAGGGGGGGGCGGGGGGGGGAGGUUGUAAACGAAUACGCAGAAGGAGAGAGAGAGAGAGCGUGUGAAACGGAACUGAAAAUGGAAGGAACCAAUGCUUGGAGGAAGAAAAAGGAAAA